AUGCAAAUUGUGGUGCAGGUUAUGUUUCUCUAUCGAUCGGCAUAUUGCAGAUACUGGCGUAACUUCAAGACGUUUGCCUUCACUGUGGAUAUCGCCACUGGGGAGCUCUGGCGUGUCCCUCUUGCACACGGAUCCCAUCACGACUUUGGCUGGGAUGACAACCUCAUUUCUUGUGACAGCACUGGAUACUAUUACGCCAAGGCCAUACCCGGAUUCCCCGGCCCAAUCCGCACCCUGUUCACCUGGGACCUCGGUAUGUUUAUAAUUGUGUGGGAUCUAGUAGGCAGCGCACUUCACAUACAUCAGCCAGCAGGUGGAGUUCGAAAUACCACGGUUAUUAUUGGGCACUACUCACCUGUGAAGGAGAGCAGAAACGUUGCGCAACGCGUCGAUCUGCACCCUAGGUGGUCUCGUGACGGUCGCUAUGUGUGCUUCGACUCCACACAUGAAGGUCUGGGGCGGCAGGUGUACGUCGCUAAGGUCUAUGACAAGGCGUUAGUGCGUCCUGGUGUGGAUGUGGUGGCAAGGCCCCCGCGCAAGUUCUUCAUGGACCUGGGAGCACGCACAGGGGACUCUAUCGAAAAGAUGCUGAUCAAGGCUGAGACCGAUUACAGCGACUAUGUCAUCCACGCCUUUGAAUGCAAUCCAGAGAAUAUGCCGCUCGUUCGCUCAGGCCUUGACCGCCUGACAACCCAAUACAAGCUGCACCCUGAGAAUGUGGUGCUGGUGGAGGCUGCAGCUUGGAUUGAAAAAGGAACCUUGUCAUUCCACAUGGACAGCCGAAAUGUAGGUGCUGAUGGCAAGCCAGGCAAGACUGGCGGCUCAGUGUUCGAUUCACCUCAUGCACUUGGAGAUCUGGUUACGGUGCCAUCUGUGGAUUUCGGCGACUACUUGGAGUCUGCAGUCACAUAUGUGGACCAUGUGGUCUGCAAAAUAGAUAUUGAAGGAGCUGAGUAUGAGCUGCUAAGCCACAUGAUUCGCCGGGGUAGCAUCAUUCUUUGUGAUGUGGUCAUGAUUGAGUGGCACAGUCGCUUCAGGAAAGAGUGGAGGGGCUGGGAUGCGGAGCUUGAGUCCAUGAUGAGGCAGCUGCACAUACAUGUUGUCAGGAUUGGGUAA